AUGGAUGUUGAGCAUAUGGACCCGCGAUUGGCAGCUAGAGUAUUGGAGGCGUUGGAAGAGUGUCCCUCCAGAACGCCUCGUGGCUCUCACCUCAUCAGUGAAUUUAGGCCACGAGAUAUCUCAACGAUCAAUAUAAAUGGACUUCUGGCAAAAGAAAGGUCCAACCAGCAUACCACAUCAGCAAGUCCUACUAAACGUGUUUCAUUUCCCGGUGUUCAUCUAUCACCAGACUCUCAUAAACGAUCACGGUGGAUGAUGCUUCGAGGCCUCUACAGAUGUACUCACACCAAAUUCUCAUGGGAGCAUUUAGACCGGACCUUUACGGAGCAUGCCAUAAUAGCUAGAUUCGUGGUCCCAGAAUCUCAAUCGAUGAGAAAUGACAUUAUUCAUUCCACGACAUCCUUGCUGAAACGUUUGCCACCCAUUCCACUUUCACUGCCUCGUGAUAUAACGGAGAAUCUGAAAGGAGAAUGUUGGCUGAAUGGUGACGCAAAUGAAUAUUCAUGGGAUCAACUCUCUACGGUUUCUAGGCUAUCAGGCAGUGUGAUUCGCAUGGGGAUUGCCAUAGCUUUGACAUAUGAGAGAAAGGCCAACCUCGACGGGAGCAGUCUUGAAUCUCACCACUUCAGGCAAUUUCUGGAUUUCGUCUCCGACCUUAUCGAUGGCGUCUUCUUCGAGCUUAGUAAGGGGCCAGUGGAAAAGGAUGGCGUAUUAGUUAAUAACACAUGGCGCUGGUUUGCACUACUUACUUAUAUGUGGAGUACCUGGCAACGCUGUCUGGCUUUACACUACUGGCGAGUUCUGCAAGAUAGCUUGCAAACAGGAUUCGACUACACUGGCUUUGGAGAACUUGGGCUUCGCCCGAAUAAAGGCUCCUUUCUUGCCUUGGAGUCGCAGCAAGCGAACACGUCGCAAGAUAAGUUACAAUACAUGUGUACCUUGGCAUACCAGAUCUUACAGCGAAGUAGAUCGACUUCCCUACUCGAUCUACGGUACUUUCGCCAAAGCUUUGCUAACGUGUUUGGUGAAAAGCCAGGAAGGUGUAUUGGCGAUCAGGCAUGUUCCGGACUAGGACCUGAUGAUUGUAAGAGAAUCAGGAGAGGAGGCAAAGUCAAGGACCAAAGCCAGCAUGACCUUUCUUGCGAGGGUGAAAAGACAUGCAACCGUAUGGUGUGGGACAAAACUUCGUAUCUGAAAGUGUCUGGGCCACGUGCUGUCUCUAUUUCCUCUUCCUCUUCCAAUAAACUAUGCUAUGAAGUUGCCGAUACUAAAACCGUAGCAAUCUCACACGUAUGGCUUCAUGGCCAAGGCGGCCGACCAGAAGAAGGGAUGAAUGAAUGUCUUCAUCGUCGGUAUUGCAGGAUUGCAAGGGAAUUGGGCUGUUCGAGCUAUUGGAUAGAUGCUGCUUGCAUUCCUGAUGAGCACACCCUGCGUAAAGAAGCUAUUUUAACGAUAAACCAUGUCUUCUCAACUAGUCACGCUACUGUAUUGUGCGAUAGAGAUAUAAUGGACAUCGACAUCUCAAUUUUACAAGACGCAGAGAACACACCCGCUAGUGUAGCCCUACAGGAAUCUAUCCUUGCCAUAGUCCUUGUUUGCGACUGGAACGUGAGAGCCUGGACAUUGCUAGAGGCCUUACGUGGCAGAAAGAAUAUACAGCUCCUUUGUAGGUCGGGUAGCGAAAACAAACUGAUUUCAUUAAUGGGAAUACUUCGUACUACGGCAUUUCAUGGGGCUAUAACCAUGUCGAUACUCCUCUUGACGAACCACCACCUGUUUCCACCCCCAAGCGCAACUCAUUGGAUUGAACACAAAACGAGUAGCCAAGAGCUAUCGAAGUUUCAGCAUAUCAUCUUCGAUGGUAGUUUUGAUGCCAGUCUUAUUUCCACUCGAAUAGGCCGUGGCUUCGUUGCGGUAUCAGAGGCUGCAUCGCUCCUCGGUCAGAGAUUCGCUUCUCGUCCCGGAGAUGAUGUUAUUAUCUGGAGUCUCCUCGUUGAUGACCCAGUAAUGAAGGAUGCUCAGGAUUUAUGGGCUAGAGGGAAGCAUGGAGGAGCACGCCUCGACAAGGUUGUUCACACCGGCCACUUACUCUCAAGUGUACAGAGGCUCACUCCACCCCAAGGUCCCUCGUGGGCGCCUAGGCAACCUGGCGCUUACCUCGCAGCCAAUGAAAAGCCCCCGACAUCCAAGUUGUAUCCUCCAUAUGAUGGCAUUCAGUCUCAGAUUGGUCUGAUUGAAAUGGGCAAGAACGGGGACACAUGCCUACGAGCAAAUUGGGGAGUUGCAGAGAUUCACUUUAAGGACGGCUUCGCCUCGCAUUUCCGUAGUUUCCGUAGUUUUCAAUACCCAGAGAACUACUUAGUCGACAAGCCAGUGCCGGAUGAGUUAAAGGAGUGUCUUAAGGGCUACAAGGAGGGCAGGCUACUUCAGCCUUUACAGCGAGAGGCUGUUCAAGGAGAAGAUACAGACAGCGACAACGAGCCUUGCGCAAGUAUUUAUGGAGGGUAUGGUGGCGUUUCUGAAGGGCUUGUGUUUGCUGUGUGUGGUAGGAAGUAUGAGAAGCCUAGUGAUGGAACAUGGACGUGGCUCGGGAUAAUUGAUUGGAGGACAGGUUACAGUUUGCCGUAUUUUGAGGAGCGAGAGAUUGUUCUAGGUUAA